GUGUGGCUGGACAGAAUAUUAGAAUCGAGCAGAGACUGAAAGAGGCCCUAAAAAGUCAGUCCAUCUUCACUGUUUUGUCUCACGCUAGCUGUGCAGAUACAGGUUGGAUAGUAUAAACUACAUAAUACCUAGGCACUGGUAUGGUAUGAUGAAUAGAAAAAUUUACCAGAAAAACAAAAAUAAUAUGAUAUUGUAAAAAUGUCGGUGACAAAAGUUGUUAAAGUUGAAGAUGUGGCUGGAACCAGAUCCUCACCAUGUGAUGACCUUUUUAACCCAGAUACUCCUACACAAACUGCCUCAAAAUCAAAUUCUAUAGUUACAUUUACCAAUGAAGAUUCCAGCUCUAUUAUUGCAAGAGAAAGUCCUGAUGGGGCAGAAGAUAAACAAUUGGUACCCAAAGAAGAACUUCCAGUUAGUUUAUAUCCACUACCAGAGAAUUGGCCACAGAUACCUCAGUUAGAUGGACGUCGUAGUUGUGAAUUGACCAACUCUACCUUACCAUGUGUAAAUAAAGCUGUCUCACAUCUACAACUUCUACAGAAUAUAAUCAAUGACUGGUUUAUUCAAGCUGAAGAAGAAAUCAAAAGUCGUAAAUCUAGCAGACGUCAAUCUGUUCAGUCAGAACUAGUAGCAGUCUCACCUCAAAAGAAACAACUGAGAUUUUCCGAUGAAAGGGAGCUAACUCCAAGUAAAAAAACUGACUCUAUUGCCGGUUCUGUAGCAGGGUUUACUCUGACAGGUACACCAGAUUCAACAAGUCAAAACCUGUCUAUUCAAGGUGUUGGGGCAAAACUUGAUGAAAGUAUAGAUAUUGUGGAGCCUGUAGAUGAUGAGGCUGCUUUACCGUAUUUAGGAGCAGAAGAUGUCGUAGAAGAAAUUAUAACAUUGUUAGCUAGAUUAGAGAAAGAUAGACAAGAAACAGAGGCAGAAUGGAAGAGAGAGAAGGGAAAAGUUUCUCUACUCACACAAAAAAUAGAUGGUUUAUGUUUAAAGAGAUUAAGAGAAUUACCAGCAAUUGUUCAGAGAGAACAUGAGGCUUGCAUAUUGGAUUUAAAUGAAUUGCAAUGGCACGUUGCCUACUGUAGCAGGAGUGAAGCUAGAAUCAAAGACAGAAAAGAAAUAGCAGAAGUAUUGAAUGCUCGAUUAAAAGAAGACAUUGCUUUUGUUAAAAGACACAUUCCUCUGGUACAAGAAAAACUAUUGUUAGAACUAGAGGCUAUGGAUAAAAUCAAGAAAGCACAGCAAGAGACAAAUCAAGAGUUGGAGAUGACAAAACAAAGACAAACUAAAACUGAAAUAAAGAAUUUAGAAGCUAAUAAUAAAGCUGAAACAGAACGAGGUCAUAUAAAACAAGAAUUAGAUACUGUUAGAGAUAACCUUAGUCAGAUCAAUGAGGAGUUAGUUGCUGCUAAGAUGACACACAGUGCUUAUGUUCAGCAAAUUAAUGAUAUUGAAGAUAAACUGAAGAGUAAUACACAAGAAUUAUUGAUAUUAGAAGUAAAGAGAGAAAAUGCUUGUGAUUCAGCUGAGCACCACAAUGCGAAGGUGAAAAGUUUACAUGAAGAUAUAGAGAAAGAAGGAAUAGAAUACAAUCGUCUUCAGAAUGAAAAUAUCUUCUUAGAGAAAGAACUCAACACAACUAAAAAUCGAAUAGCCCAUGAAGUAAGUAAACUAACGGCCACAGUUAAACAACUAGAAGGCAAGAUUAGAACUCUUCAUUUACAAAAUCAGGAAGCAGAUAUGGAGAUUCAAGAUGGGGAAGAUAAAAUCCACAAAUAUGAGAAACAGAAGAUUGCUGAUGAGAAGAACAUGGCUAGAAUAGAAAAAGAAAUGACUAGAACAGCAACUAUUAUGAAUGCUACUAUAGACGAAUAUAAUCAAGUUGCUUUAUUAAAUCUAUCUAUUAAGGAACAACUUAGUAACGAGGAAGAAAAAAUCUUUAGAUUAGAAGAAACAUUAAAGAAUACUAUUGAAACAUUAACUAGACAAGUUAAAGAUGAAAUACAUAAUAGAACAGUAUUACAGGCUCGUAUUAACUCAGAUAAUACAGAAAUAGAUAGAACAAGAAUUGAAUCGGCUAAAAAACAAGAUAAGGCGGGAAAAGUAGCAGAAGAUGUGGAUACAGCUGUAAAUACUGUAUUAACUAAAGUAGAACGAUUACGAUCAUCAAAGGAAGAGAAUGAAAAGUUAAAGGUAAACCUGGCGGAUAAAAUAGAAGAAACCAAGAAACAACAUAAAGAAAGUCGCGAUAGAUUUUUAGAGAGACUCACUGAAAUGGAACCUCAUCAUGUACAUUUAAAAGAAGAUGUUAAAGUAGUGAAUAAGAAGAUAGAACAUAUGACAUGGAGAACUGAGAUGAUGACUAAAAAUAUAGAAGAUAUGGAUGCUUCCGAGGGUAUGAUGAACCGUGUAGUUGGCUCAACAGAAAAAGCAAUUAAACAUCACACGGAAGAUUUAAAAGAGUUAAAUAUACAGCUUGAAUCCAGUGGUAAAAUAGAGAAUGAUCUAACGCAGGCUUUCAAUGAAGUUCAAGAUCGUAUUUAUAUUGCUGAAAAUAGACAUAGUAAAUUCCUAGAGGAAAGGAAAAAUGUAUUGAAACAAACUGAGAUGGCAAAAACCACAUGUUUAGCUAACAAUAAAGAUCUAGCAGCUAAAUACAGACAACUACAGAAUGAAUAUAUUAUAAAUAAAGAGAAAUUAUUAAAUAGUUAUGAAGAAAGAAUUAAAUAUGAAAAAUCAUUAUCAGAUUUAAGACAGUUAAAAUGUCUACAGAAGAAGAUGCAUGGUGCUCUAACAGAAUUAUAUAAACUUAGUGGUAAAUACAAUGAUGCAGAAUUAGCUAGAAUGGAAAUAGAAGCUAGCAGAAAUGGUGCCAAGGUGGAAGAAUUGCAGGAUGAGAUGAACCAGGCACUAACAAGCAUAACUCAUUUCUUACAAACACAGAUGGAUGGUACCGCUGCAAAGAAAAUGGCCUUGGAAGCACUGCAGAAAAAAAGCACAGGUCGAAGAACACCUGUCUCUGUAUCAGGAUCAAAUAAUAGCAGUCGUACACCAAAACAUACUGUCACAGCCAAAGGAUAAAAUACAUUAAAAAUUAUAUAAAUAUUUCCAAUUUUAAUAAAAUAAAAAAUACAUGAUCAAAUUAUUUCACGAUCUUGCCAAAUAUCCAGUAUAUUUCCUGUAUACAAUACAUCAAGGACAAUUACCAUAAACAGCAAUACUCACCAAAUACAAGAGUUCUACCAUACAGAACUUGGCUAAAUUCUUAGGACUCCAUCUUCUCACAUAACAAAGUGAUUAUUUUGUGUUUCUUUUGUAGAUUUUUAUUAUUACCUGGAUAAUCUUAAGUUACUACAGUCACUGAGGCCAGUAGAUAUGGAAGAUAUUUUGCUGGGUAAUUUGGAUUGUGUGUGGAAAGUUCACAUGUUUUGUAAUUAAAUGAUGUGUAAAACUUUUCCUCCAGCAGUAUUUACACCCUUACUGUAAUAUGUAUUUAUAGAAUUGUGGCAAAUUAUUAAUUUCUUCAUACUGUAGUAUAAAUGUUACCCCUAAUUUACCAAAAGU